AUGGAUCGCAUGAAUGGAUCGCAUGAAUGGUUCGGGGUCCAACGGGCUGCGCAAGCCUGGUGGGGCCGCUUGCUCGCAGAUGAGAUGCAAACCAAGAUGAAAUGGACUCGACAGGUCAGCGAUCACCCGAUGCUCCUUGUGGCGAGGCCCAAUACCAAUCUCGGAAUGGAAUGGACUGGAAUGUUGUUGGGCUGGGGGUCCGCUAUGUUUCAGAAGAUUGCCGGUCAGUACCGGCCACUCUCUCGCAUGUCACCAUAA